CGCAUCCCAGCAGCAGCCUCCUCCUCCUCCUCUCACACCACUCCGCUGCUCGCUCGCCCGCACGCCCGCCCGCACGCCCGCCCAUGGCAUCGUAUCAUGUCACCCUUGCCAGUGACACCGCUCCUCUUCAGACAUGUUCGAGUAGCGCAGAUAUUCGGUGCCAAUACGGAUGUUGGCAAGUCCAUCUUUGCUACGGCAUUGUGCCUGGCCAGUCAGAGGGCGGAGGAGGAGGUGCACUACUUGAAACCCGUGUCCACUGGACCUGAUCACGAGGCCGAUGAGGGGCACAUUCAUCGAUUCGCACCGGGCGUACACGCGAGCACGCUGGUGCAGUAUGGAGAAGCCGUAUCGCCGCACUUGGCAGCCGCUCGAUCAGGUCGGGCCAUACCGAGCGAUGCGCAGCUGGUAUACGACACGCACGCUCAUAUUCAGCGCAUCGCUGCUGCACCUCAUCGCAAAGCAUCCGCCUUGUACCUGGAAACGGCAGGUGGUGUCCAUUCGCCCACUCCAGCUGGCGGAUCCUUCGCGCAUGCUCUAAGACCUCUACGUCUGCCCACGCUCCUCGUCGGUUCUUGCGCUCUCGGAGGCAUCUCCACCACGCUCAGCGCAUACGAUGCACUCACCUUGGCAGGUCACGAUGUUCGAGCCAUUCUACUGUUCUGCGAUGCGAUGGGGGGCGGUGGUUCUGCGGCAGGGGCAGCAGCAGCUUGGGGCAAUGCAGAGUACCUGAUCAAGUGGGGAGCGGAAAACUCUUUGCCCGUGUUUGGUCUGGCUGGACCUAGAGGGCAUGGCGCGUGGGGCGCACCGCCUGAUCGAUUGAGCGAUGCGCAGCAAGAUGUCCGCCAUUUGGCCGCUUACUACGACGGCUUGGUCAGCGGCAGAGGAGCAGAAGCGGGCCCAGCGGAGACGCCUAAAGGUGUGUCUGCAGUGGUGAAGCUGCUUCGGGAGGAGCACGAGGCGAGGAUACGUGAUCUGGACAGCAUGGCUCAAAGGACAGUGGACCAGUGCUGGUGGCCCUUUACGCAGCACACCCUCACGCGAGGUCCACGGGACGUAAACGUCAUCGACAGCGCCAAUGGCGAUUUCUUUUCGGUCUAUGAUGGUGCCGCAAAUGGCGCCGCAGACGGUUCGCUGCUGCGACCAUUGCUGGACGGCUCUGCGUCGUGGUGGACGCAGUGUUUGGGUCACUCGGAUGCGGGCAUUGCUCGCGCAGCAGCAAGAGCAGCAGCUCGUUUUGGACACGUCAUCUUUCCCAACAGCACCAACCUGCCGGCACUGCGAUUGACAGAGGCUCUGUUGGGCACAGCUCGCGAGAGCAAGGCGGAAGGAGGAGGAGGGGAGAGGAGCUUGGCGUCGUUAAAGGCCGAGGAUGCACCGGGAUCCGGCUGGGCAGAUCGCGUGUUUUUCAGCGAUGAUGGGAGCACGGGCAUGGAGGUGGGCAUCAAGAUGGCCAUUGCUUCUGCUGCGCUGCGAUACGCUCCUCCUCGCGCGUCGUCGGCAACGCUUGAGCGAACGUCGAGAGCGCGGGAAAAGGGAAGUGCGGGAGGCAGCAGAGCGGCAGAAGAAUGGCAAGUGUUGGGAUUAAAGGGGUCUUAUCAUGGCGAUACGAUUGGCGCGAUGGAUGCGUGCGAACCUAGCACAUACUCUCAAGCGGUGCAUUGGUAUCGCGGAAGAGGAGCAUGGUUGGAUCCGCCAGCAGUGUCCAUCAUCGAUGGCGAGCCGACGAUCACGCUGCCGGGUGGCGAAAAGAGGCGAUACGCUUCGCUAUCGAGCGUGUACGAUGUGGAAGAGCGUAUGCGGACCGACGAGCUGUGGCGGCGAUACACUACGGAACUGCGCGCAUGGUUGGAAGGUUUGGUGCUGGUGGAAGGAAGACGCUUUGGAGCGCUCAUCAUCGAACCGUUGGUGCUGGGUGCGGGAGGCAUGAUCUUUGUGGAUCCGCUGUUCCAGCGAGCACUCAUCGAUGUGGUCAGGGGAGCAGAGGACUUGUUCAGUCUGAGCGAACCACCGCUCAAGGAUGCCAAGGUGGGCGCACAUUCCGACGGCUCGAGGGAUGCGCACGAAUGGCGAGGCUUGCCAGUCAUUUUCGACGAGGUGUUUACGGGACUUUGGAGGUUGGGUCACAGCACGCCCGCAAAGAUUCUGCGCACGCCGCCGGACAUUAGCUGCCUAGCCAAGAUUUUGACGGGCGGGUUGGUGCCGAUGGCAGUGACGUUGGCCUCUCGCAGCAUCUUUUCCACGUUCAAUCAGAGCGAGAACAAGGCGGAUGCGCUGCUUCAUGGACACAGCUACACGGCUCAUCCAGUCGGUUGCCAAGUGGCUUUCGAAGCGAUUGCGAGGAUAUCGCAGAUGCAAAAGAGGAGCGAAUUGUGGCGAGAAGCGCAAUCGGAUUGGAGCAGCAGCGACGGGGAGAGGGAGACUUUGCACUCGCCUUCUCACGCACCCGUCUGGUCCUUUUGGAGUCGUGCGGCCGUGCAACGUCUUUCGCGCGCUCGACGAGUAGACAGCGCAAUGGCUCUCGGAUGCGUUCUUGCCCUAUCCAUCCGAGACGAUGCGGGAUCGGGGUCAGGCUACACUUCCACAGCUUCGGUGGAUAUUGUCUCCAAAUUGAGGAGCGCGCGCGCGCGAUUGGGAGGAGGUGGUAGCGGUGGUGGUGUGACGUUUGAUAUUCAUGCUAGACCCCUGGGCAACGUCGUCUACCUCAUGUGUUCCCUCAACACGCCCGAGCUGGUCAGAAGAGAGGCGGAGAAUGCGCUCAUCGGGGCGCUCGAGGCGUGAAUUACAUGCCCGCAUGUGGAAGAGGGCGCGUCUUGCGAGCGCUUGCGCGUGCGCGUGCUCCAUCGCCCGGCGCUUCUAUCUCGAAAUCCCCCGCGCCUGCUCUAAUCUAAUGCUUCAUGCCCACGCUCGCGCUCAUCAACUCCUUUUUUGCGAGCAAAGAAAACGCUACUUGAGCUUUCGAGCGAGGAAGAAUAUGACUGCGCGAUUGCAAAACCUGGCCAAUUUUCCAAAGUGAGAUGCGUGCUUUGCGCACAGCUGCGCGCGGUGGGGGGAGAUGAGUACUUGAUCAGCCUUGAAGUUGACGUGCGUGCGUGCGUGCGUGCGCCCCGCGGAAUCGUGAACUCGCAUUGUGCUCUGCUUCUGUCACUUCCAACUAUAGAGAGGGAGGGUUGUGAAGGAGAGGUGAGAUGCGCGGGCAUGAGGGUUUAUCGUGUGCGCGGACUUGACGACCACGCCUCCACCUCUUCUGCAGCAGCUCGCUU